ACCACGUAGCAGCUUCCUGGCAGCGGCAGCAGCUUGUGUCUACUCUCCCUCGCUCUCUCUCUCUGACACACACACACACACUCAGUGUCAGUAGCCUAUGUAGAACCGCGUAGCACCACCUUUGGAUUUUAACCACCAACAGCACCAGCCCAAGCGGCAAUGGAUCUCUUUGAAUUCGACUUUUUCAGAGACUGGGAGCUUGAACAACCAUGUCAUCUGGAGUCAGAGCGCAGCGCUCUGAAGAGGAGAGAGUGGGAGAGGAGGAACCAGGAGGUCCAACAGGAUGAGGACUUGUUCUCUACUGGAUUCAACUUGUUUGGAGAACCCUAUAAAACUAAUAAAGGUGAUGCAUUGGCCAAUCGUGUCCAAAACACGCUGGGCUCGUAUGAAGAAAUGAAAGACCUGUUAACCAGCCAUUCCAACCAGAGCCACUUGGUGGGAAUCCCCAAAGGAACAACAGCGAACAGCAACCUGCAGCAAGCCCCGACCACAUCAGCGACAGAGAGACCCGCCAUAGAGCCAUCCCAGCUUUUUAACGAAGCCCUGAGAGGAGGAGCAGGUGGAGGAGGAGGAGGUGGAGGAGGAGGAGCAGAGACAGGUGGGGACAAGAAGACAGGGAAUACACCCUCUUCCUCUACAGCUUCAAUGCAACCACCCCCUUCAACCACAUCCUCAUCAACAGCAAUCCCACAUCAGAACUCCAAAAAGUCCCGGAGCUCCAUGGACUGGUCAAGGGGAGGCCACGGACAGAGCACCCAGGGGACAGGCCUUGUUGUGGGGUUAGGACAGAAUGGGCAGGGGCAGGUGACAGCAGGAGCUACCACCAGCAGAGGGAAAAUGUCUUUGUUGGAUGAGCAGCAAAGACAUGACGAGCUGUUCAGCUCACUCAAAGAUGAACUUGGUCUAAAAGAAGAUUCAAGCCCUUCUUCUUCCUCAUCAUCUUCCUCUUCCUCUUCUUCUAGAAGGCACUCAUCCCACCCAGCCAAAACCCACCCACUCGCCGAUGGUGGCAACUUUCGAUCUACUGCCAUGGAUGGUGGCCACUUUAAGUCUUCCACUAAUGCAGAAAAUGGUGGAUAUUUUAAAUCCUCCCCAUUUGAAAGUGAGACAGGCUCCCACCUCUGUACAUCGUCCUCCCCGUUGGCUUCCACAUCAGUUCUGACAACACCCACUCCAGGUCUAACCACGCCCACAUCUGGAUUGACCACGCCUACAUUCCCACCUGGUAGCCUAUCAGGGAAGCCGAUAGCUGUACAGCAGAAGCCUACGGCGUAUGUUCGACCAAUGGAUGGCCAAGACCAGGCGCCUAGUGACUCUCCCCAACUUAAACCCCCUCUAGUGGCCACAGAGGGAUUUAACAGCAGUCAGGCUUAUGGAGGAAACUCUGGAAAUGCGAAGAGUAAACUGCCCAAGCUGAGUCUCAACCACACAGGAGAGGUCAGCCUACCAAACGACUCCAGCUGUGUUGAAGAGAUUCUGCGGGAGAUGACCCAUUCCUGGCCUCCUCCACUAACAGCCAUACACACUCCUGGGAAAGCUGAUCAGACCAAAUUUCCCAUCCCAAACAAGGAGUCACAGCAUGUGACCUCGGGCUACAACACCCAGAAGCGAUGUACUGUAUCAGCUAACAAGCCUGCUGCUAAACCACCAACUGCACCGCAGAAGUCAAUGUUGGAGGAUGACCUGAAGAUCAGCAGCGACGAGGAAGAGGCCGAACAACAGGUGUCCGACAAGCCUAAAGCCAGAGCCGCAGCCCUGAGUGGUGCAUCAGGGAGCAGCAGUGAAUCAGAAAGCAGCUCAGAGUCUGACACCGACGAGUCUGAGAGCAGCUCCAGUGACAGCGAGUAUAAUCAGGCCUCCCGCACAAACACUCCAGAGCCCGAGCCUCCGUCAACCAACAAGUGGCAGCUGGACAGCUGGUUGAAUAAGGUCCAAGCUCAGACCAAACCCCUGGUUCCCCCACAACAAGAACAUCAUGGCACAGGCUCCAUCAACCAGGGUCCAGAGACAUUCUCCCCAGGCAAUGAGGCACCGGGAGUGGGUACGGCUGCCAAAACCAAGCCCUGUGGAUCGAGCAGUACGCCUGUUCCAGCUGCACCUACAGUGGAGCACAAGGACACGAGGGCAGCUUUCUGCCCGGGCAGAGAGAAGGCAAAGGCCAAGCUGAGCCAGAAGGCCUCGGGGGAGGGCCAGAGGUCUAAGAUGAGGCUGUCGCUGGGCCUGUUGUCGGGGCCCGAGGUCACGACCCCAAGGAGGAACACCACAGGGAAGAAACAGCCCAGACGGACAGAGAGGUCAAACAGCGUGGAGGAUAAUCAGAACCAGACAUGGAACAGAGCAAACCAGCACAGCCCCGCAGCGAGGGAGAAGGACCUGUUGCCUCCCCCCUCCCUGGAGCAUCAGAACCCCCCGAGGCCGCGUAGUAAACCUCCCGGUGGGAAAACAGCCCCAAGGAAAGAACCUCGCAGUGCUACCAACUCAAACACUAACACAGCCACUCCACCAGCAGCGCUACAGCAAACCCCACUGCCAGCACCUGCUGUCAGUGUAAACCAGGACAAGCGGAAACACAGAGGUCCCAGCACCAGGAUCACACCCAAGUCCAGAGAAUUCAUCGAAACAGAUUCCUCCUCCUCUUCGUCAGAAUGCCAGUCGGAUACGGAGGAAGCCAUCAAAAUCCCAGCUUUGCCGCCACAGACGACACGCUCUGCAAUUAACACGCAGACUCUGUCCAACGCACACAUGCACGCGCCUCUUCUCCCAUGCCUUGGCUCUGCUGGCGGUGUGGGGAGUCUGGGAACAUUUGGAGGGAAGGGACUUCGAGUCAAAGAUGGUAGCAACGUGCCCACUAACGGUAGCAGCAGCAGUAGUAACGGUAGCAUCGGCAGCAGUAGUAACGGCAGCAGUAGUAGCUGUAACUCCCUGAGCAUUAGCAACAUAAGUGGUUCAUUUGGCACCUCUGUUCCCGAUCCUGGAGGGUUAGGAGGGCAAAGCAAAGACCUGGAGCCCAUGUCACCGCCUUCCAAUCUGGGACACGAGGUGCCUCUCUCACCCUUGAGGGAAUACCAUGAGAUCCAGAGUUUAUGGGUAAAAAUUGACCUGAGUCUGCUCAGCAGGGUGCCCGGCCAGGCCGCGGGGGAAAGAUCAAGGGUGGGAAUUUCAGAAAGGGAUGGGAGUGAGGGGAGAGACAGAGAGAGACAAGGGGAGAGGGAGAGGAUAGGUGUGGCAGAGAGGGAGAGACCGAAGCAGGAAGACAGAGAGUGGCCGGGGCUCAGAGAGAGACAGAAGCUGAUGAAAGGGGAGAGACAGGAGGAAGAAAAUGAGCGAUUAGUGCAGGACAGAGAGAGGCAAGGUGAGAGAGAGCGAUUAACAGAGAGAGAGAGGCCGAUAGACAGAGAGGACAGGGAAAGAUUCGGACUCGGGGAGAGAGAGAGGACGGCAGUGAGGGACAGAGAAAAGAUGUGCCAGGGUCUGGGGGUCCCGGACAACAACCCCGUGCAAGAGCAGACUAAUCCCAGGCUGGCUGGGAGGACGGAGAGAGCAGAGAACGGAGGCAAACACAGAAGGCAGGCGGCUGCAAACAUGGUGGUUCCACCCGAGAAACACGCAAGCAAGAGCAAGAGGAAACACAAGUCGGACCACGGAGACUCAUCAGUGAACUGCAAUAAGAAGCUGCGAUUGGACAAAGACUGUCUGCUCCUCCCACCCUGCAUCUCUCCAAUACACAACCAUAAGAGCAGCACGGCAGAUAGCUCUCUGAACAGGAAGCAGUCCCGACGGCACGAUGAGAAGCUGCUCCCGCCGCUCCUGUCCCCUCUGUCCGAUGAUCCGCCUCGCAAACGGCCCUGCGACAGCAGCUCCUCUCUCAGCCAGGAGGCCAGCGCCGCCGGGAUGCUGCCCUGCGCCGCCUCCGCUGCUUCCACCUCCUCUUCCUCACACAGACACCGGAGAGGUGAAGGAAAAACAUCAGCGCAUGUGAGAAAUGGCAGUGAAAUGGAUUCCCAUGGCGAGAAGCCCUGUGGAGACGGUUACCAUACCAACGGUCAUUCAGACUCGGAGGUUUGGUCGGAACCCCUGAUGGACCCCGCAGAACCCCGCAGGCCCAAACUCUCAUUCAGUGACACGGUCCACAGUGCUGACUUCUACAUGCAGGAGGCCAAGAGACUGAAGCACAAGGCUGAUGCUUUGAUGGACAAAUUUGGGAAAGCAGUGAACUACGCAGACGGCGCUCUGUCUUUCAUAGAGUGUGGAAAUGCUAUGGAGCGAGAUCCACUAGAGGCCAAAUCACCAUAUACAAUGUACUCUGAGACUGUGGAACUAAUCAGGUAUGCCAUGAGGUUGAAGAACUUCACCAGCCAUUUAGCCACCAUCCCUGAGAAGAAACUCGCCGUGUUGUGUAACCGCUGUCUGUCUCUGCUAUAUCUGAGGAUGUUCCAUCUGAAGAAAGACCACGCUGUCAAGUACUCGCGGUCGCUCAUGGAGUACUUCAAGGUAACACACACGCGCACACAUACUUGGACACAGACUCCAUUUCCCUCUUUGGUCAACGGGACUCCGUCUCCUCUGUCGCUUAGCCCUUCUCCAGCCAGCAACGGAGGAGGAGCGGGAGGAGGAUCCGGAGGUGCACCGGGGUCAUCGGGCAGCGUGGCAAUUCCCCAGCGGAUUCACCACAUGGCUGCCAGUCACGUUAACAUCACAAACAACAUCCUGCGGAGCUACGAACACUGGGAGACGUCUGACAGACUGGCCGCUGAGAGCCAAGAUUUCUUCCAGGAGCUGGACUCUGUGAUGGAGCCGUUGAGUCAGCAGAGCAGCAUGACAGAGCUGGUUCGCUACGUAAGGCAGGGACUGCACUGGCUCCGCAUAGAGGCUCACCUGCUGUGAAGACUGGACUAGAGCCAACAUUAAGAAAAAGAAGAAAUGGGCUGGGAGCUAGAACUCAAGUGAGAUGAGACCCAGAACGAUGCUUCAGUUCCCACUGGGAUCCUUUGAAUGUCUUUACACCAUGCAUGGUAAUAUAAUGGCUUACACCAGGUGGAUUAAUUGGGCUGAAAUCACCUUUAAUUAGGAGUGAACAGUAACUAAGUUUGGGAAUUUCAGCUGUGAACCACAGAAUACAAAUGAUCAUAUUAACAAUUUGGCUGAUGCUGCUUUUUUGGGGGGGAGCAACAGUAUACAAGUGAUUGUAGCUUUAACUCCUGAAGGGAACACACGUUCCCAACCUCAUCUCCCAGUUUCACUGAGAUGGGUUCAUUCUCCAACAGACAAGUGUGAGGCUGAAUGUAGGGAAAGAGCCUCAACAGAGGCUCACCUCCACCAGCAGUGGCCCAGAAAUGUGUCAAUGAUUAGGAAAGAAUUAAAGCUUUAGGCUGAUAUUGAUCCAAGUGGAAGAGUACCAGUCCAAUCUAUUAGUUAGGGACCACACUGGUAAAGAGGCUCAGCUACAACCACUAAUGGAGGCUAAAUUCAUUGCACUUCUUUUAUUUCACUCCAUCUUCAGUCUUUAAAGAGGGAUCCUCAACAACCAACCAAAAGCUAGAACCUGCAGUUAUUAGUUAGUAUAGAGUAGGGCUGCCACAAACGAUUAUUUUGAUAGUCGACUAG